UCGUUCACGAGUUGCUACCAAGGCGAUAGAAGAUGGCGGAGCGAGGCGGGUGGCCGCCUGAGUCCUGCAAAAACGGGAAAAUUAACGUGACCGCCUGAAGAUUCUCUGAUAGUUUUGGUUUUAGAUAGCUCUGGCAGAAGGACGGCCGGCGAGGAUGGACAGUGCGUAGAAGAGGGCCAGGUUUAAGCUGAAUGCAUUGUGAUUUCCAAUAAUUGAGACAGUGACUUGUAAAAAGCUGUCUACAUUAAUGAAAAGAACAAUGUAGUCAGCUUAGCGUAUCCAUCACUGAUCUGCACAUGAGCGUUCUGUCUUAAAAGCCGUGUGGGGCUUUUAGCUGCGUAGGUGGGCUUUUAAUUAUUGGUUUUAAUACGUUAAUAAGGGAGGCAGGUAUCUCUCGCUCAAUUAUCCCUAGGCAUUUCAUCAAGACGCUUUUGGGUGUUUGUUAGAAAUUGGACAAUGGAUUUCAGUGAGUUCUUGCCCCCUCUCCCGCUGGAUCCUCCCGAUGAUGAAGGGUCGGGGAACGGUAUGUGUAAAGCACCUCCACCACCUCCCCUGCAAACGUCCAGUGACGCCGAGGAAAUGGACGUUAGCUCUGGUGGUGAUGGACCCGCGCUCACCCCGGCCGAGGACAGGGACGCGCCGCUCCUUUCCAAGGGCCACUCGUCCUUUAGCAGCCGCUGCGCGGCCGACGACUCCGGCGACCCCGGCGGCCCCGGCGGCUCGUGCCCUAGAACCGCCCGCCACGCGCCCCCCGUUACCAAAUUCCUCCCCGACCUUAAGCUCCUCAGAGACGUUAAGAUCAGCGUCAGCUUUGGCAGCGACAGCAGCAAAAGCAAAGACAGGAAGGUUCUGUACACAGGCUUAGGGCAGAUAGGCGAAGGAGAGCAGGACCUAGGGAACGGUCAGGUGCAUGACGGUCUAGGGGAGGGAGCCGGGCAGGCCGGCUCAGGCGCAGGCGGCCUAGAUAGGAAGAGCGAAGAACCCGAGGCCGACCAGGAGAACAAAGUCGAGUUCGCCGUGCUGGACGAGCUGGAGGAUUUCAGUGAGAACUUCCUGGAAGCGGACGACGGCGAGCAGAGCGAGUUCACCUCUGAGAUGAUAGUGCAGCAGGAGCAGGCCAACGAGGAGGACCUCAGUUACUCCUACGAGGAGGACUUUGACAAUGAUGUAGAUGCGCUGUUGGAGGAAGGCAUGCCCGUGCCCAAGAAGAUGCGUCUGGCCGAGGAUAAAUAUGCAGGAGACAGCGAUCACCAGUCCGACGGGGAGACAGGCGUCCAGCCCAUGAUGACCAAAAUUAAGACCGUUCUUAAGAGUCGCGGGCGUCCACCCACAGAGCCUCUUCCUGAUGGCUGGAUCAUGACAUUCCAUAACUCCGGCAUUCCAGUCUACCUCCACCGGGAGACCAGGGUCGUGACCUGGUCCAGACCAUACUUCCUCGGAACAGGAAGCAUCAGGAAACACGACCCUCCAACCAGUAGCAUUCCCUGCUUGCACUAUACGAAGAUGAAGGAACAGGAAAAAAGGGAGCAAAACGGAGAGGUUACCCCCAACACGGUGUCUCCGGUCAAGGCUGGGGAGAUAGAUUCAGACGGUGUGGAGAGCGCUAAAGAGCCAGACUCAACUGCCCCGGAGGAGGGCUCGGCUAGCGGAUCCCACGAGGAGUCUGGCACCGACCUGGCGGACUCGACGGAGACUGCAGAGGAGAAGGAGAGCCAGGGGAGUGAAACCGCUCAGGGCGCGUUGGGCCAGGUCAGAGCCAAGGUGGAGGUGUGCAAGGAUGAGUCCGUUGACAUUGAAGAGUUUCGUAGCUACCUAGAGAAAUGCUUCGACUUUGAGCAAGUGACUGUGAAGAAGUUCCGGACGUGGGCCGAGCGCCGGCAGUUCAACAGGGACAUGAAGAGGAAGCAGGCGGAGUCGGAGAGGCCGAUCCUGCCGGCCAAUCAGAAGCUCAUCACGCUGUCUGUGCAGGACGCCCCCACUAAGAAAGAGUUUGUCAUCAACCCCAAUGGAAAGUCAGAAGUUUGCAUCCUGCAUGAAUAUAUGCAACGUGUGCUCAAGGUCCGACCAGUUUACAACUUUUUUGAAUGUGAAAACCCAAGUGAACCCUUUGGAGCCUCAGUCAUAAUAGACGGAGUCACAUACGGCACAGGAACUGCAAGUAGUAAAAAGCUUGCCAAGAAUAAAGCUGCUCGAGCGACACUGGAGAUCCUCAUCCCUGACUUCGUGAAGCAGACGUCAGAGGAAAAGCCAGUAGAAGGAGAUGAGCUGGAGUAUUUUAACCAUAUCAGUAUUGAAGAUUCGAGGGUGUAUGAACUGACCAACAAGGCAGGCCUGCUUUCACCUUACCAGAUCCUUCAUGAGUGCCUUAAGAGAAACCAUGGGAUGGGUGACACCAGCAUUAAGUUUGAAGUGAUCCCAGGGAAGAACCAGAAAAGUGAAUACGUGAUGACGUGUGGAAAACACAGCGUACGCGGGUGGUGUAAGAACAAGAGAGUGGGCAAACAGCUGGCCUCCCAGAAGAUCCUCCAGAUGCUGCAUCCUCACGUGAAGAACUGGGGUUCUCUUUUGCGCAUGUACGGCAGAGAGAGCAAUAAGAUGGUGAAAAAGGAAAAUUCAGACAAGAGUGUGAUUGAACUUCAGCAGUACGCCAAAAAGAACAAGCCAAACCUCCACAUUCUGAACAAACUUCAAGAGGAGAUGAGGAAACUGGCUAAAGAAAGGGAGGAGACACGGAAGAAACCCAAAAUGACCGUCAUGGAGUCAGCUCAGCCAGGCAGCGAGCCCCUGUGCACUGUUGACGUCUAGCGACCCUCCAUCAGCCUGCUGACCAAUAGUCAGAGAUUUUACAGAAGGUGGUCACUGUUACUGAAUUAUGCAUUACGUUUUAGCGCCAAACGGCAAUAUUAGUUAUAUUUUAUUGCAGCGGCAUUCACAAGAUAUUUAUUUGAUCUGUUGGGGUCAGUUAAGUCGUGUGUUCAGAAUAAGAUGCAUGCACUUGGUGAGCGGUAGACUGAAUGUCAUCAUGCACCUCCAGAUGCAUUCUUUAUAUGCGACUUUAAGGCGCCGUCAGCCUUUAGGGGCUUUUUAUCGGACGAACGAAGCGAACGCCCACAUGAUUUUUAAAGCAUAUUUUGUGUCUGAAUAUUUGAAUUUGUGCUUGCAAUUGUGUUUUUAACCUCUGUGGCUUUUAGAUUUUGAUUAAUAAAGGUUUCCUUACUGGAGUUUUCCUUUCCCUUAAAAAUAAACCAAAAAAAAAAUCAGUAUUUCAGUUUCAAAGAAACAAUACGGCUUGUGCUAAAAUC